AUGGCUCCUGUGUGGUCGAAGCAGCCCUUCAAGGCCAUAUAUGUCGCUAUACUAAUGGUCAAGGUACCAUUAAUGUUGCUUCUUGGCACUCGGUUCGCAUUCAAGCCAUUCCGGCCUCUAGGAAGACUCAGCUUCAAGAUCACCCUUAUAAACUCUUUGGUCCGGGAAUGGCUGCUGUUUGCAGCUCAAACUCGCUCCAGCGGCAUGAGCACUGUCAAAUCCGACCAUGAAAAGAUAAAGGAGCGGUGUGCCCAGGCUCAGCCCGCUGGUAUCGAGCACUAUACCGGUGUUCUGGCAGCCCAGGCUACCGCAAGCCCUGCCUCUGUUGGUGGCCUGUGGUAUCCAGGUCCACCGUCAUCAACUAGCGAUGUCAAGGGAGAGAAAAUCGUGGUGCAUUUUCCUGGAGGUGCCUUUGUUAUGGCUUUCGGUGCUGACGUAAACGGACAAAAUUUCAGCAAACCGGUAUUGGAGAAACUCAAGGCAGAUCGCUUCUUCUUUGCACAAUAUCGUGUUGCUGAAGAUGAGAGCACCAGAUUUCCGGCACCUAUGCAAGACUUGGUGACCUUCUAUCACCAUGUUCUGAGUAUGGGCUAUGAUCCAGACAACAUUUUGCUAUCAGGGGACUCAGCUGGUGCCAAUAUUCUGACCGGUUUCGUCCGCUACCUCGAGGAAACAUCUGUCCUUCCUUCGCCUAAGGGCGUUAUGCUGUGGUCACCUUGGGCCAACCCAUCUGUGAAGGUCAAGGAGGAAUACGACCAGGCGAAGAACGCAGGCGGAGAUCUUCUACCGACCAAGCUUCUCCAAUGGGGAGUCGAGGCCUACUUCCCCGUCUCAUUAUCCAAAGAGGUGCUCCCUUACUUAUGCCCUUUACACCAUGCCUUCAAAACAAAGGCAUCACUCUUUGUUCAUACAGGCGACGCCGAGGGCCUGUAUGAGUCAACCCGAGACUUUGCACAGGAAAUGUCUGAAGUAGAAGGUAACCGGGUCAAGCUUCAUGUGACUGAGGGUGCGUCGCACAACCCGGUGUACGCACGCGAUGGGACUGGGAUGGUUGCAGAGAUUCAUCGUGCCUUUGAAGACGCUCACCAAUUCUUUUAUGAGGGUGGCCAAUGA